AUGCCUCUAGACUGCAGUCCAACUGACAAUACACGCUCUCGGCCUGUAAAUGCAAGUGCAAAGGCUAAGAAUCUCCCUCUCGAUGGUUAUGGCAAUUGCAAGGUGACUAAAGAAAACUUGACUACGCUCUUUGACACUUCACCAGCUCUCCAUUCUUAUCGAGGGACACGCAUUGUGCGUGUGUCACACGCGCUAGUCCUCGAGGGCGGUAUAGGUGCACGGCCACCUGAGGCCAACAUCCUCAUGAUAGAUCAGGAACAAUCCUAA